AGGGCAAGCCAGUCCUGUUGCACCUCGUCCCUUACGGAGACACAGUUUGAUGAGCAAAACUGCCUUUUUAUUACUAGGCUGUGUGGUGGAGGAGGAGGAGGAGAAGGGGAACGCAGGGCAGCUUGCGGGCAGUGCCCGGCUGCCCCUCCCCAGGCGGCGCGGCCAGCUGCGCGGUCGGGGGCGGCCGCGGGGCAAAGAGCGAGCGGCGUUGCGCAACCGCCACCAGGAGCUGCUCUCGCCCCUCGCCAUUAACGACCGUGAUUAACAGCAGCAGCAGCAACGAAUAACAGCAAUAAACGAAGAGUAAAUCAUGGCAAUAAUAGGUGAAUGAAUCGCCGAUAUGGUCAUCCACGUGAGCGCUCAGCACCGCGUCCUGGCCCGACCCUGACCCCGACCCCGACCGCGGGCACGGCCUGUGCCGGCCCACUUCCACUCAGCGCCAUCCAUGGCCGCGAUUAAUAACAACACGAUUCACAAGAUCGAUAAGGCUGUGUCUGCUGCACACACCUUCUUUGUGGGGAACCCCAACCACAUGGAGAUGAAGCAGAACCUGGAGUACUACCAGAUGAUGGCAGGAGUCAAAGAGUCAGACUUCAUGGACCUGGAGGCCAAGCCCCACAUGACCAAGUUCCGUUUGGGCGUGAGGUUCUACACGGAGGAGCAGCCAGCCGCAGCCAUUCUGCAUCUGGAGAAGGCGCUGGAGGAAUAUUUUGUGGCUGACGCAGAAUGCCGUGCGCUCUGUGAGGGGCCUUAUGAUUAUGAAGGCUACAAUUACCUGGAAUACAGCGCUGACCUUUUCCAGGCCAUGACAGAUCACUACAUGCAGGUGCUAAGCUGUAAACAAGGCUGUGUCACUGAAUUGGCUUCCGAGGAUGGCCAAGAGAAGCCCAUUGAGGAUUUCCUUCCAUCUCACUUCAACUACCUGCAGUUUGCCUAUUACAACAGUGGGAAUUACGAGAAGGCCAUUGAGUGUGCCAAAACCUACUUGCUUUUCUUCCCGAACGAUGAAGUAAUGAAUCAGAACGUGGCCUACUACACAGCUGUGCUUGGGGAAAAUCUGGCUGCACCAAUUCAGCCCCGAGAAAAUAUCCGGGUGUACCGGCAGCGCAGUCUGCUGGAGAAGGAGCUGCUCUUCUUUAGCUACGAUGUCUUUGGGAUUCCGUUUGUGGACCCGGAUACGUGGACCCCAGAGGAGGUGAUACCAAAGAGACUGCGAGAGAAGCAAAAGGUAGAGCGUGAGACAGCAGCACGAAUCUCUGAAGAGAUUGGCAACUUGAUGAAGGAGAUAGAGACGCUGGUGGAGGAGAAGACCAAAGAGUCUGUGGACAUGAACAAGUUAAUUCGGGAAGGUGGCCCACUGCUGUAUGAUGGGGUCAGCAUCACCAUGAACUCCAGGAUGUUGAAUGGCUCUCAGCGCGUGGUGGUGGAUGGAGUUAUUUCUGAUGAGGAGUGUCGGGAACUGCAGAGGCUCACCAAUGCGGCUGCCUCUGCUGGGGAUGGCUAUCGUGGGAAAACAUCCCCUCACACUCCCAGCGAGACCUUCUAUGGCGUGACAGUCUAUAAAGCCCUCAGGCUGGGCCAGGAGCACAAAGUCCCUGUGCAGAGUGCCUGGCUCUACUACAACGUGACGGAGAAGGUGCGGCGCCUGAUGGAGUCCUACUUCCGCCUGGACACACCGCUCUACUUCUCUUAUUCGCACCUGGUGUGUCGCACAGCCAUCGAAGAUAAGCAAGAAGACCGGACAGACAACAGCCACGAUGUGCAUGUGGAUAACUGCAUCCUCAACGCAGAAGCCAUGGUGUGCGUCAAGGAGCCCCCGGCAUACACGUUCCGGGACUACAGCGCCAUCCUCUAUCUCAACGGGGACUUCGAAGGAGGAACGUUUUACUUCACCGAAAUGGAUGCCAAGACUGAGACGGCAGAGGUGCAGCCACAGUGCGGGCGUGCGGUUGGCUUUUCCUCGGGCUCAGAAAACCCUCACGGGGUGAAGGCUGUGACCAAGGGCCAGCGCUGUGCCAUUGCGCUCUGGUUCACCCUGGACCCCCGGCACAGCGAACGGGAGCGUGUGCAAGCAGAUGACCUGGUGAAGAUGCUUUUCAGUGCAGAGGAGGUGGAUCUGCCUCCGGAGAAGAUGCCAGAAGUGGAGCUGGCAACCGCAACAGAUGCUCCCAGCCAGAGUGUGGAAGGAAAGGAUGAGCUAUGAUGCCUUCUGAGGCUCUGCCCUGCUGGGAAGAAGGGCGCUAGCUAAAGCAUUUCAGGACUCCACCUGCCUUGACUGCAGCUCGUGGAUGUGAGGCACUUGUCCUGAGCCUCUGACAACUGACUAGCUCCUUUAAAGCCUCUCAGCAGGAGCAGCAGUAUCUGUGGGCUGCUUUGAUGCCUGGAGUCUGAGCACAGCUGGGGCUGAAAAGGAACCUGCUGGUUUUGCACCGUACCCACCACACCUGGGUCCUUUGUCACAACCAGGCUCCCGAUCUCCCAUUGCAAGGACACAAAUCCUUGGCUACUGAGGCUAGCCCAUGGUGGGUCGUGUCACAGACAAGGCUGCACCUGCAGUGGGGACUCUCUCUGCCCCUGGGUGGCAAAAGUCCAGGAUGCUGAGGUCAAACACCUUGAGACUUGGUACUUCGGUGUGGGAAAGAGCUGGAGCUGCAGCCAGUGCCCCCCACAGCCCACAGAGGACCUCUGAAUCCAAACCAUUAUGUGCCACAAGUAUUUAAGUGCCUUCUGCAGAUGAUUAGGAAAUAAAGGUUUCUUUUCU